AUGGCACAUCCUUUAAGCAAGAGUCUCGUUUACCAAAAGUUUCUUGGUCUUAGUCUUAUUCUGUUCAUCGUUGCAUUUCUAUUAUACGCCACUUUUCUUGCUAUAUUUACAACCAUCGUAUUACGUACACGACAUCCACAAGAAUACUAUAGUUUGACAGGUUUUAAUUUUGAUUCUGACUUAUGCAAGAAUGUUAGUCUAGCAUUAAAUUCUAGUGGUUUAAAAGAAACAUCAGAUAGAAUACUUCAAAUCACCAUGUAUGUUAUACUUGGAUUACUUCUUGCAAAAAAUAUUUGGGCUAUUGUUAGUUACAUGCGAAUCGCUUGGUCAAAGACGUUUACAUUUUUUCUUGAAAUAGUUGCAGUCGUAUUAAACUUUUAUUUUAUAUUCGAUUAUGACUAUCAAAACAAUGUCACUAUGCGUUGUCCAAUACAAUGGCAAAUUGGUGCAUUUGGUCUUUUUAUUGGCUAUAUUGCAUUAUUCUACUAUAUUCAAUAUAUACCUAUAAUAGGUUUGGCUGUUGGUGAAAUUGAACCAUUGAUGACUGAAGCAAAGAAUCACCGUCUUGAUAUGUUGUAUGAACUUGCUGCUGACUUCGAAAUUCUUAAAUUUCAAUUUCUUUCAUGUUUCAAUCGUUGUUGUACUUGUUGCUUUAUCGCACCUUUGCAUUACAAACAAAAUGAUUUCACGAAGCAAUGGAAAUGGUGGAAAAAAUUCAAGAAACAAUUGUUGGAGUCUUGCGCAAGAGAGGCUGAUGAAGACGAGGUAGAAGAUGAAUCUGAAGACAAAGAAAUGGAUAAAAAUGAACAAUUACUUCAUGAAGUAAGACAUGGAUUGCAUCAAUUGACACAAACCAAGAAUCGAAGUGUUAGUGCGCAACCAAAACCUGGAAAACAGUUUACCCAUAAGGGUACCAAGCCUGUAGGAAACAGAAAAUGA